AGGUAGACGCACGAUUGUUUCAGUUUCACAGAGAAGCGCAGCAACGUAGAUAAAUAAUGGCGAGUCAGCGAAUCUUGUUCAAGUCUUGUGUCUUUUUAACUUCUCUUUUGGUUGUUCUAUCUCGUGUUAAAGGAGUGCUAAAGAUUGUAGACCCAUUACCAGGUCAUAGUGUUGCAAUAGAAGAUGAAACUCUUCGCGUGACGUGUGUGGUGUUUGAUGCUGAAGACCAACAUGUCAAACCUACUGGCGUAGACUUCUUUCGUGUGGAUAAGUAUGGUGAUUUGAUUCGUAUAGUGGACCAAGGUCCUGCAGGAAACUGUGUUUUUGAAAACAAAACAGAAGUUGAUGGAAGAAAGCUGUAUGUUACCAUGGUGAUCAAACGAAUCAAACCGAGUGAUUCAGGGCAGUACAGAUGCACGCUACCUAACGACACUAAUACAUCCUAUGGUUUUGGAAUAACUUAUAUUGCAAAGUCUGAUCUUCCAGAGAUUGAAGUGUCACGCAAUAUAACAGCUGAACUAGGCGAGUCUGUUCGUCUGGCAUGCAAUAUUACGCAAAAGGGUAAUAUAUUCAAGGUACGGCUUGUCAUAAUUGCAUGGGUUAAGGAUGACCACCAACGUAUCGCUGAAGUACCUUCAGCUGAAAGAAAUCUUAAAGACAUCAGACUAACGUUGAACAAACCACAAGAUGGUGGUCAUUACGAGUGUAAACUGACUUCCAUGUUACAUGCUCAGAGGACGUAUAACGUUACUCGGAUCAUUUCUGUACAAGUAAGACCGAAGUUUGGCGCAGUGGAUUUAACACACAACGAAAUCGUUCGGAUAAAAGGGGAAGCAGUUCAGUUUCAAUGCGACGCCACAGGAAACCCAAUCAAGAUUGUGUGGAAAAGAAAACCGAGACACAAAAACCUGCUGAUCACACUUAACGAAACAAGUUACUCCAAUGAAAGUCUGCAAACACGUUACAAGUUUACAAGAAAAAGUAACUACGAGGAAUUUAAGCUAGAAAUUCCUAAAACAGAUUACGAAGACCGUGGUGAUUAUUACUGCUGUAUCAGAUCAUCUAACACUAGUGUUCCUGAUCAGUGUCAACGGUUUACUCUCAGGGUUAAAGACCCUCUCAGGCAUUUGUGGCCGAUACUAGGUAUAAUAGUAGAAGCUAUCUUCCUUUAUGUCAUCACCACAUCAUCUGAGAAAACAAAGAAAAAUGAUAACAAAAUUUCAAAAUCGCGUGAUCAUACUGUGGAAGACAGGUCUACUGAUGUUCGCAAAGGAGAAAAAGCUCGCCUCAGAAAGACAACUCUUGAUCCAUAGUGAAAAACUUCUCCCCACCCACUCCCACAUAGAUCGGCUUAGUUAAUAAAAAAUGAUGGCUGUUCAUGAACGAAUAUGUCUCCCACGCAUUCUUUUCAUGAAGGAAAGACUAAGGAAAGUUAAUUCAAUUAUCUUAUAUUGUAUUAUGACAACAAAAGACAAUAUAUAUAGCAGACCUUUUUUGCUAAAUCCAAAUAUGAUUGACUUUUCCGGCAAGAACAGCGAAAAAUAUAAAUUUAACCAAUAAAAUGAAAUAGAAUCA